UUCAAAUUAAAGUAGCAUUUCACUUACAAAUAUGGAUUGCCGCCUAAUCACCACUCUUCCACUGCUCCUCCUCCUCCUCACCCUCUUCACAUCUACCUCCGCCGUCAACUUUGAAGUUCAUAACAACUGCCCCUACACCGUUUGGGCGGCCGCAACCCCAGUUGGCGGCGGCCAACGCCUCGACAAUGGCCAAAGCUGGAACAUCAACGUGCCGCCCGGCACAAAAAUGGCACGUAUAUGGGGUCGCAAAAACUGCAACUUCGAUGGUAGCGGCAGAGGUGGAUGCGAGACCGGCGACUGCGGUGGGGUGUUACAGUGCACCGGGUGGGGUAAACCGCCCAACACCCUGGCCGAGUUCGCCCUAAACCAAUUCAACAACCUCGACUUCUUCGACAUCUCCAACGUCGACGGUUUCAACAUCCCCAUGAGCUUUGGCCCCACCAGGCCCGGACCCGACAAAUGCCACCAAAUCUCAUGCACCGCGGAUAUCGUGGGCCAAUGCCUCGGCCCUCUUAGGGUCGCCGGAGGGUGUAACAACCCUUGCACCACCUUUGGAGGACAGCAAUAUUGCUGCACCAAUGGACCAUGUGGUCCCACAGAUUAUUCAAGGUUUUUCAAGACAAGAUGCCCUGAUGCUUAUAGUUACCCUCAGGAUGAUGCCACCAGCACUUUCACUUGCCCCGGAGGAAGCACUGAUUAUAAGGUUGUCUUCUGCCCAUAAUCAAAUUACGGAUCUGUGGAAGUGUUAAAUUUAAUGCCAUGCCUUAUAAUGUUAAAAAGUAUAAAGGCUUUAAAUAAAUAUUAUGAAUAACUCGGCAUUAUAUAUAUAUUUUGUAAUGCAAUUUCCACUUUUUAUAAUAUAUUUCUCUAUGGAUGUUUU